AUGGCGCCCUCAAAGGGUGGUCAGGCCGCCAAGCAGCAGCCGCAGAAGCAGCACCAGCGCCAGCAAACCACCACCGCUAGCUCUGGAUCUGCUGCCUCUGUCCCUGCCUCUCAAGCUGCCUCUGCCAUCGCGAAGAAGCCGCGUGCCGCCGCCGCCGCCGCCGCCGCCGGCCCAGCAGCAGCACCUGUCUCCCGUCCUGCUGUCGUGCCUGCCAUUCCGUUGCCCAUGAUCAAGCGACAGACUUCGAGCACCAAGAAGAUCAUCGGCGGCAGCAGCAACAGCAGCAGCAAUGGUAGCGGCAACGCCAACAACGCCGCCAGCAACCGCUUCAAUGGUAGCCACAACGCUUCACGACAUGUUGUUUCCCCUGCCACUUCGUCCUCCGGCCGCCCGCCUGUAGCCUCUCUCGAAGCCGCGCUCAUUGACCACCAAACUGCCGCCGCUGUCGCCGACGAGACAGCCAUACAUCGCCAGAGACCGAGACGCAGCAAACAAAACGAGCUCAAUGUCAAUGCUAACGGCACUCCCGUGGAGAAGCCCGCCCUUGCUGCCGCCGCAACCACUGACCCUCACCACAAUGGCGACGAUCACGACAACAGCAGCCACUAUCGCAAUCAACUGCCUUCAACUCCUAAUGGUAUUGUCGAUACUACCAUCUCGAGUGGGUAUGGUUCUGUCCCCGAGAAUGAACAAGCCAUCCGUGCAGAGCAUCUUACCAACGGCUUCGCCAACUUUGCCCUCAACCAUAAUUCGAACGACCCCACCUCAGCAUCAUCAUCGGCUUUCGUCCAUGCCUCAAAUGCCCCUUCCAUUGUGGGUGAUGUCGAGGUUCCCACCAGCCUGCCUCCCCGCGAGCUGUCCAAUGGUAAUGCUCACAUCCCUCGCGGAACUCAACUGGUUCUGUCUGCUUUGCCGCGAUGCCCUUCAAAACAACAAACUAACUUGCUUUCAUUAGGAGCUGCCAACGAAGCUGCUGCAAUUGCUCCGUCUUACCAUGCUGACAGCUCGGGGAACUCGACGGACCCUCACGCAUCGAGUCAUCCUAUAUUCAAGGCAAACGGGACCGACACUGCAGUUCAUCACGUCCCUCAUCCUACUACACUCUACGCUCAUCAUUACGCCCAUGCCAAUGGAAAUGGUGUCCUGUUUGGUGGAGUUCCAACUCCGGAUUCGCAUACUCCUUCUCCUGCCUCGGGAGCUUUCAUGCCGCCGCCGCCUCUCCACCGACCUUUGCUUGGUGGAGUCGCCGUUGAUGGACACAAGUACAUGCCUCCCAAUGGUCAACAUAUCCAUACCAGUCAUGUCGAUAAUAACGGCACAAACUAUGCCGCUCCUAUCACGCCACUCCGACCAGGUCCCGAUAACAUGACUAGCAUCGACUCGUAUAUACCCAUUCCCGCUCCUCUGUCGGUUCACCGAGCCCCGCUGGACGGUUACCCCCCGAACGCCAGCCACUUUGAGCCUCCGACACCUCAUAGCUUUCACGGUUCCCACGCUUCAGGCGACUUCAGCGGUCCUGAUAAUAUCGCCUCGUUUCGUCCUAAUGGUCAUGUGUUCGACCGUGACCCUAGAAACAGCCGCCCACAUGGUAUUCACCCAAUGCCACCAUUCGCUGCGCCUCAGCACUUCCCGCGCCCGCCAAACAUGGAUGCGGAGCUCCUGGACAGUGUUAUGUUCUUCCAGACUCAGUUCAACUCAGCCGAGUUGGCGGAUUGCAUAUUAGAGCUCAGAUUCCCAGAUGCUACUCAGUCGCCGGCGAAGAUCAAUGCUCACAAACUGAUACUGGCCCGCAGCCCAGCUCUCAAGCAGUCUAUCAUGAUCGCCAGAGCAUCUGAUGCUGGAUCCCAUAUCAUCACUUUCAAUGCAACUGAUCGAUACCUGACGUCAGAUUCCUGGUUCAUGGCUGUUCAACGACUCUAUCUACAUCCUCUGUUCACACCUCCUUUCAACGCCAAUGGUACCGAUUUUGGUGUGGUCAAUAUUGCACAGUUCAGGUUCUGUCUUGGCUAUGCUGCCGCCGGCCAUUCCUUGGAGAUGAGUGAUGUACUGCUGCGAGGACUACAGAUUGCUGCCGACAUGGUCCAAUGGCACACCAUUGAGGAGGCACUCUCCUUUGCUCUCGAAGGUGCAUCGCACCGCCACUUCAUUGGAGAGGAUGGCGUUGAUUAUACCGACAUUGACUUCGCGUAUGGCCGUGACGUCAGGAUUCUCAUGAUGUCUAUUACAAGCUUUCUCAUCACCCAGUUUCCUCCCAAUUUCAACCUCGAUACUACUGUGACUGAUACACAUUACUUCUCUCGCAUACCCGCCGCCGCCGCCGCCGCCAUCCAGGCACCCGCAGAAUCAGCACCUGCUAUUGCCCGUGGCACUUCUGUCCGUAAACUUUCCAAGGGCAAUCGCCUAUCGGCCAUCAAAUUUGGCGACCUUCCGGCGGAUGUUCCCGAAGAGGGUAUUGGAGCAACCCCUCGCGAACCAGCCAAGUGCUCUGCUCUUUUGUCAAGGAUUUUGCUGAAUCUUCCUUUUGAAGACCUCCGCUACGUGCUGGCUUCCGAGAGUAUCAAUGCACAAGCUUGGAACACCGCUCAGGAUCGGCAUAAUGCCCUGACUUUUGUUGUCGCCGAACGAGAGGCUCGACGCCUACGUGCCGUGGAAGCUGUUCGCGCGCGCCUUGUUCCAGGUUCGGAUGAGAUCCAACAACGUCUCUCAGCUUCCCGGCGUCACGAUGUAGCGGAUCCAUGGGACGUACUGAACUGGCAAGAGAAGGUUAUCCAGCCCAAUGGCGCAGGAUUACCCAACCUGGCCCGCAAGUGGAUCCCCCAAUUUGGCACAACAGACGAGGCGCCACAGAUGCCGGCUUACGAGCCAAGACUCCAUGAGUCGAUGGUCUAG